AUGGGGAUUGACCGAGCACGCCUCCGACCCUCUGGGGCUCCUUUCCAUGGUGUCAUGCCAGGGAAGCAAGCGAUACCGCUCGGGCAGAUCGACCUGCCCGUGACAUUUGGGGAUUCUUCCAAUUUUCGGAAGGAAACCCUCACCUUUGAGGUGGUGGGGUUCAAGGGAGCCUACCACGCCAUCUUGGGGAGAUCAUGUUACGCGAAGUUCAUGGCCAUCCCAAACUACACAUAUCUCAAGCUCAAAAUGCCGGGUCCAUGCGGGGUCAUUACCAUGGGAUCGACGUAUCAGCGCGCUUUUCAGUGCGAGGUAGACAACUGUGAGCUUGCCUCGGCAAUCAUCGCCUCUGAGGAACCUGCUCCCAUCGGGACCGACGUCUUCCACGAGAAGCCCGACUCCAACCGCAAGACGGAGCCGCUUGCACAGACCGAGGAUGUCAAGAAGUCGCCUCUCAAUCCCCAGAAGCCGAGAGACAAGAAGUCGAGGGCCGGUGCGGCUCCAACCCCCGAGUAG